CUAGUGUGAAGUUAUGCUUCUAUUCUCGGCAACUCCAAGCUCCCCAUUGAUCCUUAUAGGAGCAUAUCUCCGUUCUAUGCUUCGCCCCCCCCGGAGCUAUCGGCACGCCACUAGAGCCCAUGGAAACGCAGUGCUGAUUUUGGGGCCGACUCCACGACUGAUUACUUCUUCGCUCUGCCCCACGAUCAAUAUAUUGUCAUCAUGGUUCCCUGAAUCUGAGACAAUCUUGGACUCUCCGUCUUCCAUCUUCACGUUCUCCUCGUUAUCUUCCUCUCAACCGGUUCCUCUUCUCCCCGCGCGCUAUCUGGCCGUUCCCGGUAAUCCGUUGUGAUCCGCGCAUGGGACCGUUGACAUUCUUCCCGAUCCGUCCCUCUCUUUCUAGUCUGUCGUUGCGACGGAGAGGAGUACUUCGAUAGCGUCGACUCCGAUCAUCUUUUAGGUCCUGUGGUUCCCUGAUUACUCCACGAUCUCUCGCUGUGAGGUGCAACUAUCACGAUGUUGCGAGUGGGGUCUUGGUUGUAUGGGAAGAAGCCCGCCAAUGCCUCGACUCAAUCGCUGGACUCGCUUGCCGAGUUAAACGACUUGGACGAGGCGAUGAAAGCGGCGACGUUUAUCCUCAACGACGAUGUCGAUAGCGCCGAAGCUGGCUUAGCCAAGGGAACCUCAUCUUUCCAUAACCUAGGUAAAGGCAUGGUGGCUUUCGUCCGGGCGACCCUGGGCUUUGAACAAGAGAUUAUGCGACAAGCGUCGGAACGAUUGAGUGAAGCGGAAACCUCAGCAGCCAGAGAUCAACACCGCGCCCAACAUGUUUCCCACGCCCCCAAUGCUUUUCGCUCGGAGAUUUAUGCUGCGGGCAGCGAAUAUGCACUAUGUCAAGCCAUCGCGCAGCUAAUGGGCGCGGUCGUGGGUGUCCUCAAUGAGAGCCUGACGGAAAGUAUCAAGGCCUUUUACCGUCUGCGCAAGGCAUACAUCGCCUUGGAUGCCAUCUUGAAGAUGGAAGAGAAAUUCAUGGAGUUGAGAGAUCCCAGCCGAGUUCUCCUUCCAAGUUCGAGUGACCUCUCCAAGGCUAGUCGUGCUAGCACAGAAGUCAAGUCUUUGGACUCACCCAGCGAGCCCUUUCAUAAAGAGCCGUCCCAGCCAAUUCCACCCGAAGAAAAGGACCUCGCCCAGACGUUAUCUGGAUUGGCAGUUAGCCCAGAGCCUGAGUUCGCAUCUGGUACUUCCACGCCCGGUGGUUCCAACAUCAACCACGAUCCCGACUCGGACAUCUUCCAGAACGAGAUUGACGUGUUCGUACACUCUGGCGCUAACUUCUGCUUCGGUAUCCUUCUCCUUCUCAUCUCCAUGGUCCCUCCUGCAUUUAGCAGGCUACUCUCUAUUAUUGGAUUCCAUGGCGACAAGCAGCGAGGACUACGAAUGCUCUGGCAAGCCAGCAAGUUCCACAACAUCAUCGGUGCCAUGGCGGCCCUGGCAUUGCUUGGCUAUUACAAUGGAUUCGUUCGUUAUUGCGAUAUCAUGCCUGACCCAACCCCGGGUGAGGAUGACGUCGAGGGCUACCCUCAAGAGAGACUGACUGAACUAUUGACUGAGAUGCGAUCCCGGUUCCCGAACAGUCGCCUCUGGCUUCUGGAAGAGUCGCGGAUGAAGGGCGCUAAUAAGGAUUUGGAGGGCGCUUUGGAACUCCUCAGUUCAAACAGCAAGAGCCCUCUUAAGCAGGUGGAGGCUUUGUGUGUUUUUGAGAAGAGUCUGAACGCGCUGUUCUUGCAUAACUACGACGUAUGCGCGGCAGCGUUCAUCGAGUGUGUGGAUCUCAACUCCUGGUCCCGGUCGUUGUACUACUAUAUCGCCGGCUCCUGCCAUGUUGCGCUCUACCGCCAAUCCGUCAUCAACGAUCCCAAAAAGGCCAAAGAGCACGCGCACAAGGCCGUAGAGUAUAUUCGCGCAGCCCCUCCCUUGGCGGGCAAGAAGCGAUUCAUGGCCCGUCAACUGCCCUUCGAUGUGUUCGUCACGCGCAAGAUUGCCAAGUGGGAAGCCCGCGCCAAGGAAUGGAACGUCGAGCUAGUGGAUGCCAUUGGCGUGGACCCCAUCGAGGAGAUGAUUUUCUUCUGGAACGGACAUAGCCGUAUGACCCGCAGCCAGCUCGAAGAAUCUCUGGCCCGGUUGGCAUGGUGUGAGAGCAGUGAGAAUAAGACGUGGUCUCGCGAGGGCCCCGAGGAGAAGGCCAUCUUGGAGCUUCUCCGGGCUGCCGUGCUGCGGUCCCUGCACAACCACGAGGAGGCGAAACAGAUCCUCCAGACGAAGGUGCUGACACACGAGAAGUCUUCAUUCAAGGGUCAUUUGAAGGACGAUUGGGUCCUCCCUGCUGCGCAUUUUGAAAUGGCGGCGAAUGUCUGGAUGGAGCGGCCUACUUAUCAAACCCUGCACAAGCUCUCGUCGGAUGUCUCCGAGAAGCCAGAGCAGGAGCGGAAGCUGGUCCAGACCUGCAAGGAGCAUCUAGACCAUGCUGCCCGCUGGGAAAGUUACGAAUUGGAUGCCCGUAUUGGAUUGAAGGUGACUGCGGCCUUGGAGGCCGUCCACAAGUGGGAGAACAUGCACCCAUCAGCCUAAGGCGCUACCAGGCCCCGGAUGGAUAUACAGAGCGUGAAUUGUUCACAGCAUGCCCACGGUAUGGUGUAUUAUAAAAGCAAUAGACUACUACAUGGAAUUCUCGUAGACGGCCGGGCGGUUCACAUGAACGUUCUCAUUCCUACCCACCUUCUUUGAAACCAUGCAAUCGCAUAUAUCAAGUAUUCUACUACCAACACUCCAAC